AUGGAUGCGGAUAUAACGCGUUACAGCAUCGACGUGUCGUCCUCCCUGUCGGCGGUAUCCAAGGCGGAGGAGGGUGACAGGUUGCUUCCUUCCAGCGCGGCAGCCGACGAGCAGUGUCCAGGGAAGCCGAGCGGCGUUGGUCUUUCUCACAGAUGGAGGAGGAUUUUGAACCUUCUCCUGGCAGGUCUUGCACUGCUGCUUGCGAUACUGGCGGCGGUGGGGUGGAUCUUGUACUGGCGGGCAUCAUCGAGGCUACACCUAGUUGGUGAGAUCAACGGGCUGGUUCCUGAGUUUCCCGUUCGACCGGUUGUCUUUCAAGAGGAUCCACUGUCCACGUCGGAUCCCAAGACGGCCGAGUCGAUCAAUGCCACAUACGAAGAUUGGCUGUCGUUCAUGCCUGUCGGGAACGGCUUCAUAGCCGUGGAACCAGACCCUCAGCACAUCUUGCCGCCCCCGAUGAUAGACGAGCAGUCGAAAACGGAGAUGUAUUCGAUCGCCGUGUUCCACCAGCUCCACUGUCUGCACGGCAUCAUGAGGAAGUACAACGAACUGGCGGACCAGCUCGAGCUGGCCAAGCGGGGCCAGCUGCUGAACCUGCACGACCUGCACGACCGAGACACGCACGAGAUGCAGCACCACGCGCGGCGGCACACGGACCACUGCUUCCGCUACCUGCGCCAGUCGAUCGUCUGCUGCGGCGACACGGCGCUCGAGGGCCAGAACCCCAAGGCGCCGAUACCGGACACGGACGGGACCGGGGCGGUGCAUCUGUGCAAGGAUUUUGAGGCGUUGAAGAAGUGGGCUGAGGAGAGGAGGGUGGUUGACAACCAUGGCAUAUAA